AUGUAUCGCGAUAUCUCGAAUAUCGUAGCGACUGAAACACGGGGUGGUCUGGCGCAGCACAUUCAGUUGCCUGGACACAUCACAAACGAGAGAUUCAGCUGGGUUCUCUUCGAAACCAAAUUUACCAUUGAACAGGGCAGCAAAACUCUAAUCUGCAACUUAGUUACAAAAACUGGACACAGAUCUUCUCCCGAACGAGUCUUCCUGGAGAUUCAUUGCCUCCAAUCAUUCGUCUGUCAAAUAAAAGCAAAUGUUACAAAGUGGCCCCGCGAAUUUCGCAACAGAAUUCCAUUUUUCAAUCGACGCAAAGCGAAAUUCUACGAACAACACAUACUACUCGCGUGCCCCCCGAUCAGCAUUCUAAAUAAUUCGGAGGAUUUCUACUAUGGCAUCGUUGGGAUAGGGACACCCCCAAAGGAAUUCCGCUUACUCUUCGACACGGGUUCACCGAUCCUGUGGGUUCACAGUAAAAAUGCCCGGCAUGAUUUGCGGCCGUUUAAAAACACAUUUGAUCCAUACGGAUCGUCAACUUUUGUGGACAGUACAACAGAAUUCAAAGCUAAAUACGCCAAUUUUGAGGUCUACGGUUUCGUCUCAACAGAUAUUUUACAGGUAUUGAUGGAUAAAUAUGGUUAUAUCAACAAACAGAUUGGUGGUCGCUCACUCAGUGGAACAUUUGGCCCGGUCCUUUUGUUUAAAGGUCAACCGACGCAACAUAGCUGGAAUGACGGGAUUUUGGGCCUAGGUCGUCGACAGGCUUAUUCGCAGUUCAAAACAAUGUUCGUGGACCAGUUGUUUGAACAAGGUCUGAUUACUCGUCGUACUUUCGCGUUCGUGUUUUGCAGAUACCCCCCACGAAAAGCCACCGUAAUUUUUGGAGAAAUCACAAAGGAUCACAUUCCUGGUGACGUUAGUUUUGUGAAAGUUUCAAAAACCGAACAGUUUCCUUACCACUGGGUUGUUCUAGUCAAUCGCAUUGAACUAUCAAUCGGUGGGACACUGGCUACGGGAGUUCAUGCACUUGUGGACACAGGAACGCCAAUGUCAUAUCUACCAGCUGACCUAACAACCCGACUAUAUGCUCUAAUUGGUGUGAGACAGCAGGCUACCAGAAACGUGGUUGAUUGCAAUAGGAUUCCCUCAAUGCCAACGUUGCGAUUCAAUUUCGGGAGUUUUGAAUUACUACUGGAAUCCCAGCAGUAUAUCUUCGUUGUAAUUCUCGGUCUGAGCCUCCCAAGCUACCGUUCACGUCAAAACAACCACCAAAGUUGCACAAGGUCUAUUAAUACCAAAAACGAAGUCAAGAACAGUUGUACAGCGCUUCGUAUAUAUAGCGUAAGCGGUUAUAACUUUCUGGAAUUUCUGACGCGUUCUGGAGCUCCAUUGGCAACCGGCAUUUGGCCAAUACUGGGUCAUGAUUGGCUGUUGGGUCCAGAUUGUUGA